AUGUCAGGUCAAGCGGAAGCCAACUACCCAGGCGAGGAGAAGCAGGAGGGCCUGUCAAAGUAUAUCAGGCGAGUCAGAACGGCAUUGAGGAGGACUUCGACGGCGCCCAAGACUACUUCCGAGCCUAGCAACACGCACGUUCCCGAAGGCGAAUCCAGCAAGGACACUACUGCCCCAAAGGCCCAGGCUCCCGCCCCGGUGCAGAAGCCCAUCAGCAAACCUGCUACUCAACCCGCGACCGUCGAUCGAACCACUGAAUCGACUUCUGUCCCCCACUGGAGCGCCAUCCAACAGGACAAGGCCCGCGCCUUGUUUGCCAAGUACGGAUUGACGCUUGAACCGGGAGAAUGGAGAUCGCCGAGCGACAUGACGGUCCAGCGAGUGGCCAAGCCGAUUCGCAUGAGAGUUCGUCGCACCUGUCACCGAUGCCAGACUACCUAUGGCCCCGAUAGGGUCUGCGUCAACUGCCAGCACGUCCGAUGCAAGAAAUGUCCUCGACACCCAACGCCCAAGGACAAGGAGCAGAGCGAGGGAGCGAUCCAGUUCCGAACUAGGGUUCCCGAACGGAAGGGAAUUGAUAGAAAUGGACCGGAUGUUGCGCCUGUGCAGCGCAAGAGCAGGGACCCGCCGCUUACGAUUCCCUCGCGGACCGGUGGACAGGAUCUUAUUCGCAGACCGAUACGGCAGAGGGUUCGGCGGACUUGUCACCGGUGCAAUACUACGUUUGGCGUGAAUUCGACCGAGUGCGAGAAUUGCAACCAUGUUCGUUGCAAGAAGUGUCCUCGUGAUCCGCCCAAACUGGAUAAAUAUCCAGACGGUUAUCCUGGAGAUGCGGAUCCGCCGAUUGAACCGCCCGAACGGGUAUGGAGAAAACCACGACAGAGAGUACGCUACAGUUGCCACGAAUGCUCGACUGUAUUGAAAUCGAAAGAGACGGCAUGUUCAAGCUGUGGGGUAGAAAAAGGACCAGAGACGAAACGGCACCCGCCAAAACGAGUCAAACCCGAACCCGAUCCAGAAACGGUGAAACGGGUGCAGAAUCGACUUGCGAAGCUGGAAAUCAGUAUUUAG